AUGUUGGAGCUGUACGCGAGCAUGGGCGCCGGGGUGGGCGCCGCGCUGCUGCCCGAGGGCGCGCCGGCCCUGGCCUGCUCCGCUAGGACAGAGCUGAGCGCGAGCAUCAAGCGCGAGAAGGUCGUCGAGAUCUGCGAGGGCUGCGGCCAGAAGAUCCAGGACCGGUUCUUGAUGCGUGUCGGCGAACUCUCCUGGCACGAGCACUGCCUGGGCUGCUGCGUGUGCGGCUGCCCUCUGGCACACUCGUGCUACACGCGCAACGCCAAGCUCUACUGCAAGCCAGACUACGAUAGGUUGUUCGGAGUCAAAUGCACGAGAUGCGGCGACCGGCUGCUGCCGCAGGAGAUGGUGAUGCGCGCGCAGCAGCACGUGUUCCACAUUCAAUGCUUCGUGUGCGUCAUGUGCUGCCAGCCGCUGCAGAAGGGCGAGCAGUACGUCAUCAGGGCCGGUCAGAUAUUCUGUAGGCAGGACUUCGAGAAAGAAAUGUACCUGAUGCAGCACGCGGAGGACGAUAUGAUCAUCGACGACUCGGAACGGCCCCGGGACGGGCGACGCGGCCCUAAGCGACCCCGCACUAUCCUCACGUCCGCCCAGCGAAGGCAAUUCAAAGCCUCGUUCGAGGUCAGCCCGAAACCAUGCCGCAAAGUGCGAGAAGCGCUCGCCAAAGACACCGGCCUUAGCGUUCGAGUUGUGCAAGUUUGGUUCCAGAAUCAAAGAGCGAAAAUGAAAAAGAUUCAAAGAAAAGCCAAACAGGAGGGCGAUAAAAACAAUGAAAAAGACAAAGAUAAAGAUGAAAAGAAUAUAAAGCAAGAGUCGCCUUCCAGCGAGCAUGGCAACUACCUGGGACUGGAUGGUUCCUAUUCGGCUUCAAGUCAACCAUUGAAUCCGAACCUACCAUAUUCGCCAGACGAUUACCCUGCUCAUUCCGGCGACAGCUUUUGCAGCUCCGACAUAUCGUUGGACGGCAGCAACUUCGACCAGCUAGACGAGGGCACCUCCGACACCCUGAGCCUGCAGAACCUCGAAGUGCAACAGCACUCGCACUCGGCGCACCCGGUGCACGCCGCGCACGAGCCACUGAACCUGGGCACCGGCGCCCUCGUCAACCCCAUAGACAAGCUCUAUCUCAUGCAGAACUCGUACUUCAGCACGGACCACUGAUUCAAUGGCAACAGCGGCGCAGCCGCGCCUACACCUUCACUAACAACAACCUUACAGCAUCACUUCAAUUCCGCUGCUGUUGCACAUGUCAUGGGUAAGACUAAGUCACAAUCUACCAGGGUUCGUCAUAAGCAAAGUUCUACGAAACA